UGCUCUUUGAGACCAAACCCUAGCCGAUUCAGAGGCAGAGUGCAGGGAGAGAGAGAGAGAGAGAGAGAGUGAGAGAGGCUUCUCUGAGGAAGCGUUAACAACCGCGAAGAUGCAGAUCUUCGUGAAGACCCUGACGGGGAAGACGAUCACCCUCGAGGUGGAGUCGUCGGACACGAUCGACAACGUCAAGGCUAAGAUCCAGGACAAGGAGGGAAUCCCGCCGGACCAGCAGCGCCUGAUCUUCGCCGGGAAGCAACUCGAGGACGGCCGCACCCUCGCUGAUUACAACAUCCAGAAGGAGUCCACCCUCCACCUCGUCCUCCGCCUCCGUGGUGGCGCCAAGAAGAGGAAGAAGAAGACCUACACCAAGCCGAAGAAGAUUAAGCACAAGAAGAAGAAGGUCAAGCUCGCGGUCCUCCAGUUCUACAAGGUGGACGACUCCGGCAAGGUCCAGAGGCUGAGGAAAGAGUGCCCCAACGGCGAGUGCGGCGCUGGGACCUUCAUGGCCAACCACUUCGACCGCCACUACUGCGGCAAGUGCGGCCUCACCUAUGUCUACCAGAAGGCCGGCGGCGACUGAUUUGCCUCCGUUGCUGUGAGUUAAUUUUGCUUUAUGUCAGUCUCAUUAGGGCUUUCCAUAUACUGUUGGACUCGUUCGUUUCUGUGUCUUCUGAUGUCAAGCUUUCGGAUUUCGACUAUGGAGUUUGAAUGGUAGUUAAUUCGUUCUGCUACAUUUGAAUGAUGGGUUCAUAUAAAUUUUGAUGAAUUUUCUUCUGUU